GAACUACAUCUCCCUGCAUGCUUAGCGCACUCAGCGCACACAUGACGUCACGCUAGGGGCGGAGUCUGCAGUGUCACUUCCGGCAUGCCGCUGUGAUCCAAACACCGAGAGCAACUAAAGCUGCAGAGACCGGUCACUAUGUCUAUGUCACACCUGUACGGCAAGGAUGAAGACAGCGAUGGGGUUGAGAUGGAGAGCUUUGAGAUCACAGACUGGGAUAUUCAGAAUGAAUUUAACCCCAACCGGCGGCGGCAUUGGCAGACCAAAGAGGAGGCAACAUAUGGCAUGUGGGCAGAACAGGACUCUGACGAUGAGCGGCCAAGCUUCGGAGGGAAACGGUCAAAAGACUACACUGCGCCUGUAAAUUUUAUAAGUGCUGGAAUCCGUAAGCCGGCAGGAGAAGAAAAAUCUGAUGAUGACUCAGAGGAUGAAGCCCCAAUAAAAAGCAAACUUCCCAAGGAAACCGAGACAAGGAAGCUUAAAACGGGUGGAAAUUUUAAACCUUCCCAGAGAAAAUUUGCUGGUGGAAUAAAUCCAAAUGCUGAUAUUGGCAACUGGGAGCGACACACCAAAGGAAUUGGUCAGAAACUCCUUCAGAAAAUGGGUUAUGUGCCUGGGAAAGGUCUGGGGAAGAAUGCUCAAGGUAUUAUCACCCCGAUUGAGGCCAAACAAAGGAAAGGCAAAGGAGCAGUGGGGGCUUAUGGUUCAGAGAGGACCAAACAGUCACUGGUAGAUUUCCCUGUUGUGGAUUCUGAAGAGCAAGAGGGUGAAAAGGAUUCCCAAAAGGAGCAAAGCCAAUGGCGGAAAGACUCCAGCGGCACAAAGAAAAAGCCCAAAUAUUCUUACAAGACUGUAGAGGAACUAAAAGCUAAAGGGAAAGGGGGAAAACCCAUAAGUGCACCACAGAAGGAAAUUUCCCAAGUCAAGGUGAUUGAUAUGACUGGCCGCGAGCAGAAGGUUUAUUACAGCUAUAGUCAGAUGUCUCACAAGCACAACAUUCCAGGUGACCCAGCACCAGGGGAAAAGGAGGAGAAGCCUCAGGGGUUUGUGCUGCCGGAGCUUGAGCACAACCUGCAGCUGCUUAUUGACAUGACCGAGCAAGAAAUCAUUCAGAAUGACCGUCAGCUGCAGUAUGAGAAAGAUAUGGUAGUGACCCUGACUCAUGAACUGGAGAAACUGUCUGAGGUGCUAGAGCAGGAGGAGAAGGCCAUACGCAACCUGAGCCGAAUGCUGGAGACUGUGGAGGAGUGUGAGAGGAGGAUUCAGCCGGGGUGCGACAACCCUCUGACGCUAGACGAAUGCGCACAAAUAUUUGAGACCCUACAAGACAAAUACUACGAGGAAUACAAGAUGUCUGCCAAGGCUGAUAUGUCUGUUGCCAUUGUAUACCCUCUAAUGAAAGAGUACUUCAAAGACUGGAACCCUCUGAGGGACCCUUUGUAUGGCAUUGAUGUCAUGACAAAGUGGAAGAUUCUGCUUGAGGAGGGACACCUGUCCCACAGUGCACAGGACGCAGCCUUGGAUCCAUAUCACAGACUGCUGUGGGAAAUGUUGCUCCCAGCCCUAAAAAAUACUAUCUCCCAGUGGCAGCCCAGGAAUUGCACUCCCAUGGUCGAUUUUCUGGACUGCUGGGUGCACCUGCUUCCCAUCUGGAUACUGGACAACAUACUGGAUCAGCUCAUAUUCCCCAAAUUACAGACUGAGGUUGAGAACUGGAAUCCUUUGACGGACACAGUUCCCAUCCAUUCAUGGAUACACCCCUGGCUCCCCCUCAUGCACACCCGUUUGGACCCGCUUUACUCUCCUAUCAGGAACAAGCUGGCCAGUGCCUUGCAGAAAUGGCACCCAAGUGAUUCCUCAGCCAAACUGAUCCUGCAGCCCUGGAAGGAGGUGUUCACCCCUGGCUCCUGGGAGGCAUUUAUGGUGAAGAACAUUGUACCCAAGCUAGCACUGUGCCUCGGAGAGUUUGUGAUUAACCCCCACCAGCAGCACAUGGACGUCUUUCACUGGUUGAUGGAUUGGGAGGGGAUGAUCUCUGUGUCCAGCCUAGUGAGUCUUCUGGACAAACAGUUCUUCCCAAAGUGGCUGCAGGUCCUGUGCUCCUGGCUCAGUAACAGCCCUAAUUAUGAAGAGAUCACCAAGUGGUAUCUGGGAUGGAAGACCAUGUUCUCAGACCAUAUACUAGCCCAUCCAGCCAUCAAAGAGAAGUUCAACGAAGCUCUGGACAUCAUGAAUAGAGCAGUGUCAUCUGGAGUGGGUGUAUACAUGCAGCCUGGUGCGCGGGAGAGCAUUGCCUAUCUGACCCAGACUGAACGGAGAAAAGAUUUUCAAUACGAGGCCAUGCAGGAGCGACGUGAUGCUGAGAGUAUUGCACAGAGAGGCAUUGGGGUGACCACGGCUGCUGUGCCCAUGAACUUCAAGGACUUGAUCCAGUCUAAGGCUGAGGAGCACAAUAUUGUAUUUAUGCCAUUGAUUGGCAAGCGCCAUGAAGGGAAGCAGCUGUACAAUUUCAACCGCAUUGUGAUUUUCAUUGACCGAGGAGUGGUGUUUGUACAAGGAGAGAAGACAUGGGUGCCCACCUCAUUGCAGAGUCUUAUAGACAUGGCCAAAUAGGAUAUGCACUGUGUAUAUCAAUAAUUUGGUGUCACAUUACAGAAGGUCUCCACGAACAAUAAAUGUUUUUAUAUGCACUGUAUAUAUCCGCAAUUAAAUGCCACAUUACAAAAGGUCUCCACGAACAAUAAAUAUUUUUAUAUGCACUGUAUAUAUCGGCAAAUAAAUGCCCCAUUACAAAAGUUCUCCACAAACAAUAAAUGUUUUUUUUUAUA